UUAACUUUAACAAGCAAGUUUGGACGCCAGAAAAGACUGUGGACUAAUUGAUCACUCGAACAGUUGAAGAUGGCGGCUUCAAGUUACUUUAUAGGGCUGGAUUUGUCUGAUAGCGGACUUCAAGACGAGUCGCGAAACCAAGAUUUAGAGCUAGAGGAUACUAACAAUAACAACGGAAUUGCAAAGGAAGUUGAAGUUGAAACUAGUCUUCCUGUGGUGCAGGUGGGCAAAAAAACAGUGUGUCCGGUGUGUGACAAAAGGUACUCCUGUCCUGCCAAUUUAAGGAAGCAUGUACGAAAGGUACACAAGCCGAAUUCCGGACACAUUCAGUUAAAAUACUGCCCUGUGUGUGGUAAAGGCGAUAGGGAACAGCAUAGGUUAAAUGCGCACAUUAAGGAAGUUCACCAAAAUAACUUUGUUGAGUGCAACCUAUGCAAUAAGAAAUACAAACAGCGUCGUAACUUGUGGCAUCACAUGAAAACUGCCCACAAGGAGUAGAUCAAUGUUACACAUAUUAAUAACCCAGUGAUGAAUGUGACGCAAAAUGACCAUUAGCUGUAACAGCCUUUUUAAUGAGAACUGUCAUUAUCUGAGGGUGACCAACGUGUAAUAUAGUACCUAUACGGUUAUUGUGUACUAAACGGGGUAGUUAGGUUUCAAAUUAUAGCAUUCAAUCGCUAUAUUACAUACAUUGAACUGUAUUAUAUCUAGGUUAGAAAUUCUGCUAGAAUGUAAACAGUUAAAAUGAAGAUAGGUAAUUAACAAUCAUGGUAAUAUACCUAGCAAACUAACCUGACGGUGGCGUCAUUUUAUUAAGUUACCAGACAGGUUCCUCGCUCUCUCACGUCAUGUCAUUAACUAUUGUACUGAUGGUGAUAGGAUGUUAACUUUGUUAUUGACUAUGAUAAAUUGAAGUAUCAUUACAUUAUCAAUUCAAUUAUAAAAUUUAACAUCAUGAAUAAAAAUGUUAGCCAGGGACCAAAAUAAAAACAUAAAGCACUUUCAACCAUGUGGUAAUGUUACGCAUAUGUUUAAAUAUAUGCCUACUACUUUAUUAUUUACAACGCACAGAAAUCUAACAAAUGACGAAAUGACUUGAAACAAGUAUCCGAUGAAAUGUCGGUUUCAUUACUAUCAUAGCUCAAAAACAGACCGCUGUUCAAGUCUGAUCAAGUAUCUAAGAUAAAUAACAUGCACUUAUCAGACUUUUAACUGCCACAUUAAACUGCCUGAUCGUGAUUACACUGUAAAAAGUUAUUUUAGGAUUCAGGAUGAAAAGUAUAUCUAUGAUUUGAGCAAUAUUAUGUAAAGCUACAAUGUCCUUGGGAAAACCUGUCAGUAUGUGACAUUUAUUCCAACAGCAAGUGAAAUAUCAAACAUUACUUUG